GUUUGAAGCAAGAUAAUUUACCUAAUUUGUAACGUCAACGUUAGGCUACGCACAGUAGCAUUCGCUAGCAGCUGCUUGGUAUGCCGUUAGUAGGGUGACUAGAUAAUGCUGGUUUGUAAGACAGCUAGCUGUUAUAGAUCCGCCGUUAAGGGAGUUGUUUUAGUCAGCUAACGGAGAACUGUUAAUGCUGAGCUAGCAGGUUAUCUGACGCUAAAUCUGUUCGUUUAGUCUACAAACCAGUGCAUCAAGUCCUACUAGAGUUAGCCAGUAGUGACCUACUGGUACUGGUAGGCUAUUUAUCGAUAGGUAACACCUGGAGAAUUAAAUUUGUCCGAGACUGAUUUUCGGGGAUGCCAUGGACGGCGAGGUGUCCAAGCCGUGCGCCCGGACGGAGGAUGAUCCGGUAGCUCUUGAUAACCACGCUGAGACGACCGUGCAGCGGGUGGAGGUGGUGGCGAGGCGGCCGGAGAGCCCUGACGUGACCGAGGAGACGGUCUUCUUCGGCAGGAAUGCGCGGGACGCGGGGACCAACACGGAGCCCACCAAAUGCUGCGGCAGACUGCGCGAGUCCUGCCCCUGCCCCUGCCCCUGCCCCUGCCCCUGCCCCUGCCUCUGCUCCUGCCCCUGCCCUGGCUCCUGCCCCCCCAGAGGCCUCCUGGCCUCCCUCAUCACCAAAGUGGCCAUGGCUGCUGUGCUGUUCGGAGUGGUGUGGUCCAUAACGGAGAAGGAGUGUCUUCCAGGGGGGAACCUGUUCGGAAUCACAGUGGUCUUCAUUUGUGCAGUGGCUGGAGGCAAAAUCGUGGGGCACAUUCGAUUACCCAGGCUACCACCCUUCCCUCCACUUCUGGGAAUGCUACUGGCCGGCUUCACCCUGCGCAACAUCCCGGUGGUAACGGACGCCGUCUACAUCGAUUUCCGCUGGUCGGCCUCCCUGAGGAACAUCGCCCUGGCGAUCAUCCUGGCCAGGGCGGGGCUGGGGCUGGACGGCUCGGCUCUGAAGAAGCUAAAGAUGGUGUGUCUGCGGGUGGCGGUGGGGCCCUGCACAAUCGAAGCCUGCACGGUGGCUGUCGCUUCGCACUUCCUGAUGGGUCUGCCGUGGAUCUGGGGCUUCAUUCUGGGGUUCGUGCUGGGCGCCGUGUCCCCCGCCGUGGUGGUCCCGUCUAUGCUGCUCCUGCAGAAGGAGGGGUACGGCGUGGAGCAGGGCGUCCCCACGCUGCUCAUGGCUGCCGGAAGCUUCGACGACGUCCUGGCUAUCACCGGCUUCACCACCUGCGUGGGCGUGGCCUUCGCCACAGGUUCCACUGGGUACAAUCUGCUCAGAGGGGUCCUCGAGGUUGUGGGGGGUAUAGUUGCCGGGUUGAUGCUUGGUUUCUUCAUCCGUUUUUUUCCCAGUAAAGACCAGAAAAGUCUGGUGAUAAAGCGCUCCUUCCUGCUCCUGGGCCUGUGCGUCUUCGCUGUGUUCGGCAGUAACCUGGCGGGCUUCCCCGGCUCGGGUGGCCUGUGCACGCUGGUGCUGGCCUUCCUGGCGGGACUCGGAUGGGGGGACUCCAAGGCGGCCGUGGAGGAGGUCGUGGGCGGGGCCUGGGAGAUCUUUCAGCCUCUGCUCUUCGGGCUGAUUGGAGCAGAAAUAACCGUCUCCACCCUGGAUCCCGUCACCGUGGGACUGGGCGUGGCCGCUCUCCUCAUCGCGCUGACCGUGCGGGUCCUCUUCACCUUCCUCAUGGUCAUGUGUGCCGGCUUCAACUUCAAAGAGAGGGUCUUCAUCGCCCUGGCCUGGGUGCCCAAGGCCACCGUACAGGCGGCCAUCGGCUCCACGGCGCUGGACCUGGCGCGCAGCAAGCAGGCUCCGGAGCUGGAGAAGUACAGCAUGGACGUGCUGACCGUGGCCGUCCUGGCCAUCCUCAUCACCGCCCCCGUCGGCGCCCUGGUCAUCGGCCUGACCGGCCCCAUCCUGCUGCAGAAGCCCCGGGACCCCGCCAACUGGAGCGCGCACCCCGAGGUAAAAACAGGAACAGAAGCAGACGUGCCGCAGAAGCUGCCGGAAACGCCCAUGACUUACGAGAGCUCUAUGUGACGCCCCACCAACAUGCUCGGGGUGGGUUAGCACGUGGCUGCAGCGCCAGAAAGACCUGCAGCCCAGAAGAGGAAGUGACACGCGCUGACCACCGGGAAGGAAGCGGGACCCCCUGCUUCCCCAUCCCCCUCUCCUCUGUAAGACCCCGCGAGCACCAGUUACUCCGCGUGUAUUUAUAGCCACCUGUUACAACAGUCGGGGGUUUCCAGUUCCCAAGGUGAAACCAACACUAGGGACAACCUUCAGUUAAGCAUCUACAGUGCCUGACUGACGUCAGGUUUGACUGUUGGUGCCAAUAACCCACCUCUAAAGAGAUUGAGUCAGUUACAACCUUUAUGGUGUGAUGGCAUUCAGGCAUUCACAGAUCAAGUGAGUAUUCUUAUGUGCAAGACUUGCUUCUCAGGUGCCAGUUACACAAGCUUAUACAUCUUACAUGCAGUAAGAGAGAGAUGCUGGCCAUCUAGUGGGUCGAAACGCAGUUAAAGACUACUGAGAGUAGGUGUGUUUAUGUUAGGAGGAGUACUGUGUGUUAUAUUACUUACUACGUUAUUUUUAUGAUCAUGUAGGUUUAUAUUUUGAUAAAUUAAGAAUUUGCAGAAAAGACGUAUUUUAUAUUAAAUUAAUCAUAGGGAUCUAGCAGUUUUGAAAGUAUGUUGUGUUAGACAAUGUCAAACGUAAAUGCAAUGGCAGUAAUAUGCUUCUCAAACAAAGUCUUGGGCGGCACUUUUGCAGCUUGAAGACUAGAGGCCAGAGUUCAAGCGGACCAUAUUUAUACUGUCAAAUCAGGAGCCAAAGAAGUCUUGACCCUGGCCUGAUUUAGUCCCAGGUGAACGCAUAAAGAAUCCAUAGUCUAGCUUCCACUUUCAUCUCCAGUCAUGGUUAAUCAAGAUGCUUUCUUGCAAAGACAAAAUAGUUUUUUUAAUGUAAAAAAAUUACUUGAGCUUUUGUUAAAGCAAGGGAGAAACACUAAUUCAGUUUUUAUAUAAUUUCAUUACAUGCAGAUUUCUGUGUAUGCUGUAUUUCCAGAGAUGUUUUCUCCAUAUCUUUUAUUACGGUUUUAAGCGUUUCCUCAUUGGCCAGCUGAUGGAAGGUCAACUAGUUUUUCAGAACAUCAGAUGUAUUAUUUAUUACAAUGUGUUCCAUAACGUGUGUGUGUUUUUUUUUGUUUGUUAUUUUUUU